AUGGAACUAUCUAAACCCUCAACACCAUUGAGUGUUGUUCUUGGGAGAUUACCAAAACAUACAUUACAACAACAGCAAUUUUCACAUUCCAAUGUUAGUAUCGACCCAAUUACCCUUGCUAUUAACGAAUGUAUGGCUAUGGCUUCAGCGGUGAGAAAAAUGAAUCGUUGGAACCAAAGUGGUGUUGCUGCCUUAUUAACAGCAGGUGAUAUAUUUGGAGGCAAUGAUGAUGAUGAUCUCGAUGCUGAUGGUUUAACCAGUAGUUUGGGAAUCAUUUCAAGUAAUUUUUCGUCCGAUAGACACUCAUCUUCUGGUCACGGUCAUCAUAAUCGUCAUAACAACUCCGCAGCAAGUGGAACAGGAAGUGCCAAUGGCGGAAGCGGGGCAGCAAAUCAAAGAUCAGUUCAGGGAAAUCUUUUACUUUCAUCAUUCUUACAAUUGAAAUCUAUAUUAAUUGAUGCUAAGAAUAUUUAUGAUAUUGAUAGUUUAACAUUGUUACAACCUUUUUUGUUGGUUAUUAAAUCAAGUUCCACCUCAGGUUUCAUCACAGGCUUAUCAUUGAAUUCAAUUUCAAAGUUCUUAUCAUAUGAUAUAAUUUCUUUCAAAUCCAAGAACUUGCAAAACUCAUUGAUCCAGAUUAUUUCUUCAUUAACUCAUUGUCGUUUUGAAGCAGCUGAUCAAAACUCCGACGACGCAGUGUUAUUGAAAGUUUUGAGAUUAUUGGAAAGAAUAAUUGAAAGCCCAUUAUCAGUUUUGUUACCAAAUGACGUGGUAACAGAAGUUGUGCAAACUUGUUUAUCCUUGGGUUGUAACAAAAAGAGAAGUGAAGUUUUGAGAAGAGCAGCAGAAAUGUCCAUGGAUUCCAUUACAGUUGAAAUUUUCAGUAAACUUAAAGAUAUUGAACCUGAACCAGAACAUGGCGAUGAUUUACAAACCAAUUUUUCAGAUACGAAAUUACCAGAGGAUAGAAUUGGUGGGACCGAAAUCAAACUGUCUGAAAUAAACACCCCAAGAAGCCUGCAUUCUGAUGGGGAGGAUGGCGAAGAUGCAAAACACCCAGAAGGCGAACAAGAAGAGUUGAAAACAGAAGGUGGAGAAGAAGAUAUUACAAAAGCCAAAGAACAAAGCGAGAGUGUCCCACAGUCUGUUGAAACCACCACUGAGGAGCCAUUUGGCAUUGUUUGUAUUAAUGAGUUUUUGGGUAUUUUAGUUUCCAUGAUUUCCCCAUCAAACCAAUAUCAACAUAUGGAAAGUACCAGGGUAUUUGCAUUAUCCUUAAUAAAUACAGCCAUUGAAGUUGCUGGAUUAGAAAUCCCGAAGCAUCCCUCUUUGUUGACUUUAGUUGCAGACCCUAUUUCAAAACACGUGUUGCAAAUAAUCACCACCACGGAAUCACCAGCUCUUUUAAAGGCUUCUUUACAAUUAUUCUCCACUAUUGUUAUUGUUUUGGGAAGACAACUAAAACCACAAUUUGAGUUGUCUGCUACUUUGAUUUUCCAAUCCAUUCUUCCCCAACAAAUCAAGAACGAUGCCAAUAAGAUCAAUGGCGGUUCACACAUGUCCUUGAGAAAUGCUCUUUCAAAAGAAGUUUUGAUUGAAUCAUUGAGUUUACUUUGGACUAGAUCUCCUACUUUUUUCACUAGGUUAUUUAUAGACUAUGAUUGUGAUUUUGAAAAAUCAGAUUUGGCAAACAACUUAUUACAAUUUUUAUGCAAAUUAUCAUUACCCGAAUCAGCUUUGAUCACCACUGAUAAUGUCCCACCUUUGUGUUUAGAAGGUAUGCUUUCGUUUAUUUCUGGUGUCAACGAAAGAAGCAAGUCAUAUAAAUCUAAAGAAGAAGUCAACCAUGAAUUGAUCGAAAAGAGGAAAAAGAAAACUGCAUUUAUUAAAUGUGCCGAGUUAUUAAAUGAAAAGCCAAAGAAUGGUAUCAAAGAAUUGGCCAAAGAAGGUUUCAUUAAAGAUGAAAAUAACUUGAAAGAAGUUGCUAGUUUCUUUUUUUCAAAAUCUGGUAGAUUAAACAAGAAAGUGUUGGGUGAAUUUUUGGCCAAACCUUCUAAUUCGGAAUUAUUUGGAUACUUUAUAGAUUUAUUUGAUUUCACUGAUUUGAGAGUCGACGAGGCUUUAAGAGUUUUAUUAAGAACUUUUAGAUUACCAGGUGAAUCCCAACAGAUUGAAAGAGUUGUGGAAAGAUUUGCAGAAAGAUAUGUUCAAUGUCAAGAAUACUCAGUUGGUAGUGCACCACCAUCACCAAAGAAACCUCAACAAAAACUGAAAUACGAAGACGAGGAAGCAGAGAAAUCAGACGAAGAAGAAGAGAAUGAUGAAACUGAAGAACACCUUGAACCAGUCAAACCUGAUAAGGAUUCUGUCUUUGUUUUGUCUUAUUCUAUUAUUAUGUUGAAUACAGAUUUGCAUAACCCUCAAGUUAAGAAACAGAUGUUGUUGGAUGAUUACAAGAGAAAUUUGAGAGGUGUUUAUAAUGGUAAAGACUUUCCUGAAUGGUACCUUGCCAAGAUUUAUCUGUCAAUUAAAGACCGUGAAAUUAUCAUGCCAGAAGAGCAUCAUGGAACUGAUAAAUGGUUUGAUGAUUCUUGGAAUAAUAUGGUUUCUACCCAAAACUAUAAACUUGUUGAUCAAGUUGAGUUUACUAAGGAUGAAAUCUGUCAGUUUGAUAAGGUAUUAUUUGCAACUGUCUCCGAACCUUUAAUUCAAACCAUUCUUACCGUUUUCAAAGAAGCUUCAGAUGAUCAUAUAAUCACACGUUUGAUGUCUUCGAUUGAUAAAAUUGCCAGUAUUUGUUUGAAAUAUGAGUUGUCAGAACCAAUCGAUAAGUUGACUGAAGCAUUGUGUGAAUUAAGUACCUUGACUAACCAUGAAAUUCCUAAGAAGCUACUUGAAGAAACAGCUGCUAACAGUAACAACAAUAUUCGUCCAGAGAUUCCAAUUACCCAGAUCAAGAUUGAGAAGAAGGAAGAAGAAAUAUAUGUCAGUGAAUUGGCUGUCUACUUUGGACGUGAUUUCAAGGCUCAAUUAGCUACUGUUGUUUUGUUCAGAUUGAUUAAGAAGAGUAAUUGUAAGAUUUCCCAAUCAUGGGAUAAGAUUUUCCAAAUUAUCUUGAGAUUAUUUGAAAACUGUUUGAUCAAUCCAAACUUAUUCCAAGAUUUCCAAACCAAAGUCAAAUUGGGACCAAUUUCCAAGGUUAAACCAUUGUAUAUUAUCAAGAAGGUGAAGCCUUUGAACAACUCUGGUUUAUUGUCUAAUUUUGCAUCAUUCUUGAGAGGUUAUUCUGAUGAACCACCUGAACCCAGUGAUGCUGAAAUCGAAUCUACGUUGUCAACCAUGGAUUGUGUUAAAUCAUUGAACAUUCCAAAUAUUUUUGCCAUUGUUUCUAAAGGUCCAGUGGAAGAUUUGAAAAAAUUUGUUACUUUGUUCUUGAAUGCUUUGCCUACAUUGGAUGACAAGACCAAGAGGUAUUAUGAAACUGAAACAUUAUUCAUAUUAGAAGUUUCUGUAUGUUUCUGCUUAUUGUUACAUGAUGAUGUGAAAUUAAGGGAACAAGUUUUUACUAGUCUCAGUGACGUUAAAGAUAUAUCCAAGAAGGGUCAAUUGAGAGUAUUGGCAUAUAAAUUGUUGUUAUUAAGAUACUUGGAUAACGAAGAGUAUUUGGUCACAACUCUCAAAACAUUGGAAAAUUUCGAUAAAGAAUUGAUUAGUAAACAAGGUAAUCAAAUUUUACAACCUUUAUUAUCUUUGAUAGACGAUGAUUCAUGGUGUUGUAAGAAAUUAUUGGUCUCAGAAGAAUACUGGAAAUCAUUGAGAAUAUUUGCUGGAUUCCAAGUUUAUGCUGUCGAAAUUCUUGCAUUUUUGGAGACAUUGAUUAAGAGUAAUGAUAUCAUUCCAGAGAAUUAUGUGAUGAUUUUAGGAUUAUUAGAUGAAGUUUCGUCUCUUGGUGCCAUUGGAUCUCAAUUUGAACAAGAAAAUGACAAAUUGGGUAGUAACUCCAAGAAGGCUAUUGAAAAUGAAUACUUUAGAGAUCUUGUUGACUUAUCAAAACAUUCUAUUUCAUUAACAUCUGAAUUGAAUUUCAUUGCUAGACAAGAUACUUUUAAGAAUAAAGGGUUGUCAUAUUCUUUAAUCCAAGCAUUGGCACAUCAAUGCUUCAACCCAUGUCGUGAAGUUAGAGAAUUUGCUGUUUUGAAAUUACAAAAUAUUGCAUUAGCAAUGGAGACUACUCCAUCAUCGUCUGUUGAACAACAAGAUGAAGAGGUUACAAGUUUUGGGAUUUUUGAGUUUGGAUUGUUCCCAUUAUUGAUUGAAUUGACCAAACCUGAAGUUUUCAAGACCGAUCCAAUUGGAUUUAUUAAAACCCAAUUUGAAAUUUUUCAAUUAGUUUCCAAGAUAUUCUUAAAGAAAGUCGAUGAUUUGAAAUUUGCCGAAAUUGAAAAGAUUUGGUUCGGAUUAUUAGAAAAUUUCAAGAAUUUAAAAAUAUCUUCUAAUACUGAAUAUAAUGAAAAUAGUAUUGAAUUAGUCAAGAAUAUGAUUUUAGUAUUACAAAAUAUGAAAUUUUUGGAUGAAGUAGAAAGUAAAGAAAUCUAUCAAGCUUCAUGUGACAAAAUGGACGAGAUUUAUCCACAAUUGAAGAAAGAGUUUAUGGAAUCUGAUAAAAAAGAACAAUCACCAGAAGAACAACCAGAGGAGGAAUCGAAGGAACAACCAGAGGAACAGCCAGAGGAAGAUCCAAUAGAGGAAGACCCAAAGGUAUCAGCUAAAGAAGAAGAAUCUAAGUAA